UAUCCUCUUUCCCCACCGUCUGUGCCAUACUUUUCAGAAAAACAAAAACAUAUAUAAAGAAAAAUAAAUAAAGCACUGUCCAUUUCCAAUUUCCAAUUUCCAAGCAAAGAUCUGGGCUUCGAUUAAAGGAAUAUACUGUGGGGUGAUCAUAGUUUUUACCCUGUUCUUAUGAUGGGUGAAUCACAGAUGACAAAAUUCGGCUUAAAUGUCAAGAAGAAUGAGAAAAAUGGGUUCCCAAGGGGUCUGGAUCCUGCAAUAUCUAAAUUUUUUGUGCAGCUCCAAAGUGUUGUUAAGGCACGGCUGAGUACAUUAGCUAAACAGGACGGAAUGAAUAUGGUGAGAUCUGCCCAAAAAAUUGACAAUAAGCCUUUCAGUUACUCUGAAGCUGAACUGAAUGAGCAACUACAAGCGUGGAGAGAAAAUCCAACUUGGGUUGAUAGGUCACCGUUAGUAAAGGUCACUGUUCCCAAAGGCUCUCUUUGCAACCUCAAUGUAGAAGUUGAUGUUGGGUUGCCCCCUGAUGCAGUAUAUAAUAUAGUGACAGAUCCUGAUAAUAGAAGAGUUUUCAAAAAUAUCAAAGAAGUGAUAUCCAGAAAAGUUUUGGUUGAUGAGGGUCAUAGGCAAGUGGUUGAUCUUGACCAAGCAGCCAUUUGGAAAUUUCUUUGGUGGUCCGGGACUAUUUCGAUUAAUGUCUUGGUAGAUCAAAACAGGAAAGACCACUCUAUGAAAUUCAAGCAAACUAAGACUGGAUUUAUGAAAAAGUUUGAGGGCUGCUGGAGGGUGGAGCCUUUAUUUGUUGAUGAAGCAAUGUGCCAUCCCUUUAAGCCUAUGACUAAGGAAGACUAUAAUGCAUGUACAAGAGGCAAAGGAAGAAUAGGAUCUAAAGUUAGUUUGGAACAAAUACUCCAGCCAGCAAUUGUUCCUCCUCCCCCCAUAUCAUGGUAUUUGAGAGGAAUUACUGCCCGGACAACUGAGAUGCUUAUAAAUGAUAUGCUUGCAGAAACUGCUAGAAUCAGAGGAGGGUAUGAGGCUGAAAAGUCUAAGACACAGGAGCUGCAAGGAAAACCUGGUGAAAAUGUGGAUCUGGUUGCUUAUUCAAAUGACAUUAAAGAAAGAUGGAUUUUGCGUAGAAAAAAUGCUAAGCGGAGUCAUAGAAAACAGCUGACUGCUAAGUGAUUUUCUUAUGUUUGUUUAAUUUUUUAAGCACUAGAUAUAGAUUGUUACAUGUAGUUCAGUUUAAAGAAUUCUAGUGCAUGCAUUUUAUAACACAAUGUUACAGUCACUAAUUUCAGCUCAUUGCAUCACAUUUCAGUCGGAUGAGUUUCCAUGGCAAAUCAUCAACUUUGUUUUUCUUUUCAUUA